UGUAAAGUCAUUAAGAUAAAUUUUAGCGCUGAAGAGCAACUCUGAGUACCCAAUUGAAACUAUAUAGCAAUUAGUAGCGCCAUUCCUGCAAUCGCAGCUAUGCCUCUCAGACGCGUGUGUUGUGCUUUCGCGGUUCGUCAACGCGUUUGCGCGGCAUCGAUCCGAGACACCUCUGCAUCUCCUGCGGUCACGUCGUGCCAGUUCAACAGCGGAUGUUCCUCGGAGGACCCGCCGCUUGCACUUGUAAUAUGGAAUAUCGUUCUACCGUUCUCGAUCGACGAGGAGAUCGGGGAACAACUGAGACGAGAAAGCGAUGCGCAGCCUCGCUCGCAAGCUACUAGUAUGGCCGACGUUAGUGCUGUCCCUCCUGGUAGCCGGCCGUCUGCUAUUCGGCCGCGACUUUCGAUUGCCGACGACGACGCUCGUUUUUCGCGAUGACGGUGGUAUCUCGACGUUGGACUCUAGCCAUACAAAUUCGCAGCAAGAUGCUGGUCAAGCAGGACCGCCCGCCUACGCAGCAGGCAUGUACAUGGCGGGUCGGCAACCCCACAACGAAAGUGCCUGCAGGUGGUAUCACGGCUUGCCGGAUGUCCUUUCUUAUCCACCAUCCAGACUCACCUGGAGCCCCGAAAUCGGCGAGAAGAGUCCCUACAGGGUUCUGCCGUUCGUGUUGCUCGGCGCCGUCGACGCGACAGACAGUUUGCCCCAAGUCACGCUGUCUACACAUGCCACCGCCGAUCAGGUUUACGGGAUCGUGGAGCUAGCCAGACGGUGGGAGGGACCGCUCAGCCUGGCGGUGUUCGCGCCAGGUCUCGACGCCGGCCUCGCUGUCGCUCAGCUUGAUCGAGCCUGUCGUUGCGAGCCUGCCAUGUACAAGGUUUCCGUCCACAUGGUAUUUCCGGCCGGCCGACCACCCGCCCUGGGCGCGAUCAGUCGUACUCAGGGUGAUUGCGCCGCCUCCGAUCUCCAGUGGCGGCAGACCGAGACCGAGAGGCGGAAGAGGAGAAUGACAUAUCCCAUCAACGUCGCCCGAAACGUGGCGAGAACGGUAGCGAACACGUCCCGCGUACUGGUAUCGGACAUCGAGUUGCUACCGAGCGCACGGCUGGCUUCCGGCUUCAUGGAGAUGGUACGCCAAAGACCGUCCAAGAUCGGCGUUGUCUUCGUUGUUCCCGUAUUCGAGAUAGAGUCCAAUGAACCGCCACCGGUGACGAAGCGCGAAUUGCUCGUCGCCUGCCGAACUGGCUUGGCGGUGUAUUUCCAUAGGUUCAUCUGUCCGCACUGCCAGCGAUUUCCCGGGCUGACCAGGUGGCUGAUUAGACCGGACCCGGGUAAAAUCCGACCGCUUAUCGUCACCAAAAGGGAAUAUCCGCAUCAUAGGUGGGAGCCUGUCUUUAUUGGCACGCGCGACGACCCGCUCUACACGGAGGAGAUGUCCUGGGAGGGCAAACAAGACAAGAUGGCCCAGAUGUUCGAGAUGUGUCUUCUGAAUUAUCGUCUGGUCGUUCUUGAUGGUGCCUUUUUAGUGCAUACUCCAGGAAUCAAACGGAAAACGCACAAUGCGGUCAUGCAGGAAUUUUUCCGGCCGCACGAAAAGAGGAACGCGAGGAUCUAUCAGCGCGUGAUAAAGCGUCUAAUCAAGCGAUAUCCGAUCAAUCGCAAAUGCGCGCAGUGAGACAUUCAAGAUCUCGGCGCGUAAACUUUCCUGAAAAGAAGAGAAAUAAAAAGGGACCGAUUCGACACGCACGGUGCCUGUAUUUGUAUACGAUAGAAAAAAUAUUUUUCAGUCAUGUCGAAUUUUAUAUUAGACUUACAAUUAGGAGAGGCUGCGAGUUAGCACCGAUCGCCUUUUCAGCGCAAAAAUAAAAGCUUUUUAUUAUUGAAAA